AGUUAACACACUUAACUUGUGCAAUAUUUUUUUUCGUUUAAUCUAAUCCUUGAGAAUUUUUUUUUUUUGCUUGAAUAAGUCAUACAUUAUUUUUGUAUUUUUAUUAUACAAAUACAUUAUAGAACAUGCAUAUCCAUGAUGCGUGAUGUGAUGACAAAAUAUAAACAGAUAUGAUAAAAUAAACAUUACCUUGUCAUUUAUUUUAAUCAUACUAAAAGCACUUUUGAUGGUAGGUAUAAAGAUUAUGUGACUGUACGUUUUACUUAAGAAGUGCGAACAUGCAUUUUAAAAGUUUGACCAAAUCAACAGGCUUCAUCGUAGUGAAGCUCUCUUUUACUCCUUAAAAGUGCUUAACGUACGAGCAGAUAUACAGCUCCGAGUGAUUUUCGACAGGUCUCAUUUUGCAGCUGUCUAUAUGACUUGUAUGAUCGAGUGUAACUGAACCUAAACUUAAACUUAAAUCUGCUGUCACAUGGACAAUUACUGUAAGAUGGGACUCUUUAAAAACUCUAAAAGAAUCAAUACAUCGGCUCAAACAUUUUAGUAAAAUGUAAACACUGAGUUUGCCAUGAAAACAUUUUAUCAGUACUUUAUACCAUGUAAUGUUUGUGACGCACUGUGCAACUCAACAACAAACAAAAAAGGUGCGUAAACGUAUAAAAAAAAACAACCGUAAAAAUCCUGAAUGAAUCAUCCUCUAAAUGAUUCAGUUCAAUCGCAGUGAUUCACUCGAUUAGAGAGACUUACUGCCCCCUACGGGCCGUUUUAAUUUCACAUUCAAAGUAUCUUCUAUUUAAAUCAUUUCAAAUAUCAGCAUUCAAAUGACAAUGGACAUUUUAGAAAAAAAUGGCUUAGAAAGGUAAAAUCAAAUCAACGUAUCCGUUCAAACUUAUUGUAAAAGAUUUGUUUCUAUCGGUGUGACAGCUUGUAUGAUAUAAUUUUAAAACUAGAAAUAUGUUUGUUACAAAAACCCAUCAGUCUGCUUCAGAGGACGUUUAGUUUUACGUCGCAGUACUUGCGGAUAUAUCAGAUUUACGGAGUUUCAAAGUAAUUACGAUGUUUGAAAGAGCCAGGAUAAAGCAGAAGAAAAAAGUAAAGAAGAAAGUCAUAUACACCUAGGAUGGCUCUGGGGUGACUAAAACAUGGGGUCAUUUUCAUGUUGGGGUAAACUGUUCAUUCAAAACCAUUUAAUGAAGUGACACUCAUUUACUUGCCCAAAAAGAUGGAGUUAUCAUUUGCACUGCUCACACUAACAUUUGGUUAGGCUGUAAUUAAUCUUACUUUGGAAGUAAAAGUUUUUUUGUUUGUUUGUUUUUCAGAAAUCGCACUCUCAACAUAAGUAUAUCUGAUUUGACUAUAAGAACAUAUUUCCGUUUAAGAGCUGGUUGAGCUGCUCAGGAGAGAUGAACACCUUCCUCGUUAGACAUCAGGAAGUGAUUCAUAGACACACACACACACACACACACACAUAUGUGUGUGUUUUGAAAGUUGGAUUUCCCCGCAUCAGUCAGUGUAGCGAAAAAUGAAUGUCUUGCUUAAUAAUGGGAUACAUGUCAACAUCUGAUCCGUCUGCGGUAUGUGCGCUCGAUGUUUACACCCUAUCUGACUCUUUUUGUUCGAGCUGAUUUCUGCUCCGUUUCGGACUCUGCUUUUGUGUUUCUUCAACGCUACGUUUAUUAAACUCGAUCGGAUGAAUAUCUGCAUUCGAAAAUAAAACGCGGGAAUGAAUGGCGUCGCCUGCUUAGUUCACAGACAUUCAUCACAUAUAUCACAUAACUUAUAUUCGGAGCUUGACAAAAACUAAAAAGUGAAACUAGCGAGUGCCUUAAAGGUAACGUUAGUUCACCGACAAUGCUUCCUUGGUUAACGUAUCUUCUUAUCGUUUCAAACCUGUGUGACUUUCUUUCUUCUGUGGAAUAUAUAAGAACGUAUUAGGAAGAAGGACACUUUCAGUCUGCCACCGCAAAUCCAUAAAGCUAAAGUAAAUACCCAUGAUUUGUACUGUCAUUCUUCUCAUUAAUUUAAAGUCCACAUAAAACAUAAAGUCGAUCAAGUUUGGAACCGGGAGUAAAUCAUGACAGGAAUUAGUUUUUUAUUAUCAUUUUUAUUUAAGGAGGUAUUUUCACUAACCUGAGCUCUUAAAAACUUUAGCUUAAGCAAGGAGGGGGUUUUGUUGUUGUUGUUGUUGUUGUUGUUGAGGGGGACUGUCCUAAACUUUUACCCUGUGUGUGUGUGAACAUUUUGAAUAUUAAUAUUUUAGGCUAAACAGUUGGUCAAUAUUAGAGUUUCUGAAAAAAUAAAUUCUAUUAAUUUAAUAGUUAAAGUGGCAUUAAUUACAUUUUUACUUCUGUUAUAACAUGACACCUCAGGACUGAUUGAGUUGCCUCUUCGUUGUCCGAUUUUAUAGGUGCUUUGCUGAACAUUUAAAUCAUUUAACACAGUUGUGUAUCAACUCAGUCAUGUCGGAUUUGAAUGAGAACUCUUUGAACAUUAAUUUCUUGAGAGAAUCUGUGUUGAAGAGGCUCUGUGAGUCUCUCGACAAGGCCAACAGUAAGGGAUGGCGAAAACUGGGGGAGAUAGUGAAAAGUGACAAACGAUUCAAAGUGAGUCUGGAUGAUAUGGACAUGUGUUCUCUGAAGGCUUUGGAGGUGGAUGGAAGUCCUUCCCGCAGUCUGCUUAAACUUAUUGGAGAUCAAGGAUGUGUGGUGGGUGAACUGAUGGAGUUUCUACAGAUCAUGGGUCACACGGAUGCCCUGCAAUAUCUGAAACCUCCAGGAAUUCAGAUCCUCGUCCAGCCGCAGUCGGUGGCGGUCAUUGCUGGACACAACCUUCGUCUCAGUUGUUACGCUGUUGGUGCUUCACACGUGCAAUUCCAGUGGUUUAAGAAAACGGAAGAGGUACAUAACAGCUCCUCCCCAGACCUGGUGUUCAGUCCAGUCCGGCUCAAAGAUGCAGGGUUUUACAUCUGUCGGGUGAACUGUGGAAAUGCAUACGAGUUUAGUCACUGGGCCCAAGUAGACGUCCUCGAUGUUCCUCCUAGAUACGGAUUAGUGUCUCUGACUUCGGAGGGCAGGCCGAGGGUGUUGAUCCAGCCUCAACCUCAAAGGCUGCUGGUGGGAGAUUUACUCUAUCUGGAGUGUGGAGCUAUUGGAAGACCCCUACCCCAAUAUCAGUGGUACAGAAAUGGAGAGCCGAUCAAAAAAGCCACAAGGAGGAAGUACACUGUCAAGAAUUUGUUGCCAGAGCACCAGGGAAGAUACCGCUGUGAGAUCUUCUGCAGUAAUGAAAGAACAUGGAGCAACGAAGUGGAAGUUGUUGUUAUAGAUGACUUUUUGACUGUUGACAGAGAUUACAGUCUUGAGAAACCUUACGCUACAGACAAAGUGGCUCUUCUGAUUGGUAACCUCACAUAUCGAAACCACCCACAGCUGAAAGCACCCAUGGUUGAUGUGUACGACCUCACCAAUCUGCUGCGGCAACUGAACUUUAAAGUGGUGUCUCUCCUUGAUCUAACGGAGUCGGAGAUGAGGAACGCAGUGGAGGAGUUCUUGUCCCUGCUUCAUAAGGGAGUGUAUGGUUUGUUGUAUUAUGCCGGACAUGGUUAUGAGAACUUUGGGAACAGCUUCAUGGUGCCCGUUGAUGCCCCAAAUCCAUACCGUUCAGGCAACUGUCUCUGUGUUCAGAGCAUUCUGAAACUGAUGCAGGAGAAGGAGACUGGACUCAACAUCUUCCUCCUGGACAUGUGCAGGAAAAGAAAUGUACAUGACGAGGCCACUCCAAACGUUGUGCUCAAAGUUACAGCCAAUAUAGUGUUUGGAUAUGCCACCUGCCAAGAUGCUGAGGCUUUUGAACUGAGUUCAAGUGGAUUCACCAAUGGAGUCUUUAUUAAAUUCCUGAAGGAGCGCCUCCUAGAGGAUGAGAAGAUAACUGUUUUGCUAGACAGAGUGGCUGAAGAUAUGGGUCAGUUUGACCCCACAAAGGGUAAGCAGGCUCUAGAGAUCCGCAGCAGCCUGUCGGAGAGACGGUCCCUCACCGAUCCCAUCCGUCCCGGGGACCACUCGGAUGCAGCCGAGGCACACAACCUGCUCUGGUCUAAAGCACAUGAACUGCCGGAAAGUAAAAUUCUGGACUUUGAAUGUGGAGUUCAGAUAAAAAUGGACUUUGCUGCCGAGUUUUCCAACGUGCUGGUCAUCUACACCAGCAUUGUCAAAAAGCCAGAGGAGAUGCUGUCGUGUCAGGCACACAUAACUAACCUCCCUUUGGAUCUGGAUGUGGACCCUAAGCUGAUGAAUAAAGAAACUCUGGAGGAAACAGGAAGCUUCUUACUUUCAGGGAGUCUUCCUCAGCACUGCCUCUACACCCGACUCAGCUCACUGCAGAAACUCAAGGAGGAGCUAGCAUUCACUGUCUGCCUACAAGUCCAGUUUAACUCUCUAGAUGACCUGGUCCAGUGGAACAUGGACGUUAACGUCGGCAAGCCCCUCACGGCCAAACUGGAUCUCAACCGUCCCACCAGGAAGAACAGCUGUCAGCUGACGUGUCACAUGCCGCACAGCCCCUCGACCAGCCCCAGCCACAGCCCCGCGUCUGACCGCCGCUUCCACGGCCCCUGCUUCCCCCAGCAGCACACCAACCCCUACCUCAACGUCUGCGAGCCCCUCCACGGCGCUGCGGGGGGUUACGGGGACUUCCGAUUGUACGUCGACCAUGCAUAUCAAUAUGAGAAUGUGCCGUGCUCAACUUUUUUGAACCCACCAAGCAUUCCCAUUGAGACCACUGAUGACAUUGACGACAUGCAGAAUGAGUUCAUUAAUAGUUUGCAACUCUAUGACCAUCCCUGAGUGAGUACAGUGUUAAAGAGUUGAUUAAAGAGAUACUCCACACAAAAAUGAAAAUUCCCUCAUUAUUUACCAGAUGUAUAUGAUUGACUUUCAUUCAGUGAAAACAAAUCCAUCUCUGUGAUGCUUUAAAUAGAAACAUAUGGGAACACAAAGCUGGCACACACGUAAUCCAUGCGACUCCAGUUAUGGAGGCAAUAGCUUGUUUUCUCAUAUACUUGUUAUUCUUGUAUUUGCUUUUUGAAGCAGCAGCUUUGUCAAAAAGUCAAAAAAAAAAUUCAUAUACAUCCUGGAUGGCAUUAGAAUGAAUAAAUAAUGAGAAAAAUUAUCAUUUAGGGUGGAAUACGUCUUUGAAGACUGUGGAGUUAGUAUAUUAAAGGUCAAAGGUCAUUUAAAAAAAUAUUUUUUUUUUUGCAUUUAUUAUGAUGGGACGGAUCAGAACUGACAGGAAGUGAAGGGGGUGGGGUUGGGAAAAGUCUGCGAGUUGGGAUUUAAACUCAGGACAUCGUAGCAAUAUAUGACGGUAUGCUUCCCACAAUAAUAUCUGCACUAACAUCAUUUUUCCAUGUUAAAAUCAACAGCCACUCUAUAAAUCAAAUAAUGUUGAUUCUUUUAUACAUUUAUUAAAAAAAUAUAUUUUUAUAAUAUGUAUUUGAUGAUGGCUGUGAUGCAAAUAUGUAUCAUCCCAAGUGACUGUCCAAUCUCUUUUUUCAGUCUGUACUUUCAUGUGACUUAUUACGGCACCUUUAAAAUAUUUUAGCAUAAAGAAAAUACUGUAGCACUCUUACUUUUAAAUAUUUUGUAAUUAUAAAAUGCUCAUUUAUAUUAAAAAAAUCUGUAACCUUAUUGCAUUUUUCAAAUAGAAUUUAAACAUUUAGAAAAAUAAUCUUUAUUUUUAAAUAAAAAGUACAUUAAUCAAAUGACAUGAUUAUCUAUUAGCAUGUAGAUAUUGGUCAUAACUAUGACUUAGUUUAAGAUUACUCAAUGAGAAGGUCAGUCACAAUCUGAUAAAUAAAAUAAACAAUUUAAUAAAAACAAGAAAUAAAAUGAUUAAAACAGAAAAACAAGAAACCAAACGAAAGAACUUUGAAUAAAUUAAUUUCUGAACAGUGGCAUUGAUUUCUUGUGCGAUCAAUAUUUCUCAGGAGAUGGAAACUUAAUAGUUUUACUGCGUAAGCAAAUGCGUCAAGAGGUUAGAUAACUGG